AACAAUACUGACGUGCAUAUCCCUGUUGACAGAGUGCGUACUAUUAAUUUUUAAAUGUGCUGACGUCAACGCUUCACCCACAAAUUCAUAUAAAUGGAAAAUUUUCUUUAGCGAAAAAUACUAGUAAUAGUAAAUAGAGGUAUGAAUAUAACUUCUAUAUUAUUAAAAAAAUGUUUCAAAUUAAGAAAUGCCUUCGCUGCGCAAACCACGAAAGGCUGGUUACAGAUGAAUUUUGAAAGUUUUUGGAGAAGAAUACGGCCUGGAAAGUGAAAAAGGUAAAAGUUCAGUGUUAUUAACAAAGUAAUGUCAAAAAUGAUUAACUGUAAUGUUAUGUCGUCUCAUUUCAAUCUUCUGACGCUUGCGGCAUUUACGACACUUGCGAUACUUACGGUAAUCAUUAACCCAACCGAUGCACAAGUUGACAUGCUAUUGGGAAUAAAAAGAUCUUCGCAUGGUAACGCAGCUUUAUUCCGAAAAAUUGUCGUCAAUAAAAGGCUCGAUACAACACCUAUUACAGGCUACAGCAAUUGUAGUGCUAGAGAUUGUGGAAAAUAUUGUGUUUAUAAAGUACCAUGCGAAUCUUUCAACUUCAAGAUGUCAACAAAAACAUGUGAAUUGUUAUCUGUGGAUAGAAACAGUAAAGCAGAUAACAUUACUUUCGUAAAUGCAACUGGAUGGGCAUACUAUGAUACCGGAUUUGACAUUCGACAUUCAAAUUGGAGAUAUAAAUACUUGUACAACAUAUCCUGUUCGACUAACAAAUGCGACAAAUGUACCUGCAUUCAGCCACCCGAAGAAAAAACACAUCGAUGUGUUUGCUACUCAAAAGAGGGAUUGAUCAAACUAGCAGUUGGCAAUUGGUGUUGGUAUGCAAAUAGUUCAUGUUCUGCCAGUAAUGGCGAUAAAAUCGUUAUCAAACCAUGUGAUAAAAACGAUGCUGGCCAGCAGUUUAUGUAUGAUGGACGAAGAGAUGUUUUUCACAAAUGUUCGCAGAAAAGAGUUUGUUUUAUUGAUGGCAUCGUCGUACUUACCGAGACAUGCUCGCAACCUUGGUAUAUGACAGAGCAAUAUGGUUUAAAACCUCUAAACGACUUCUGUCCUUAUCCAAUUGGUGGCUUGCUAGAAUCUAAUGUUGGACUGGAGCUGGGUACAGAUAACUGUGGACAUGGAAAAGGAAUCCAUAGAUUUCUAAAUGGAGUUGAUGGAAAAAUUCAAGUCAAAUUGUUUCGAAACAUAUUCUCCCUUGAUGGUCUCUCUUCCAGUCCAAACUUUCCGAACAACCCUGAUAUCAUGGCAUGGUUUCAUCAAUUUUAUACAACGACAUUACCUUAUGCAGAGAAUUAUUUUGGUCGUCAGCUUAAGACAAUAUUUGUUCCUCCACAAACUGGAUCAUAUAUCUUCUACAUCCAAGUUGACGACCACGCAAGGUUAUACAUAACCUAUCCUGACACAAAGCGCAAGUUACUUAUAACAAUCACAAGCUACUUCAAAACGACACAGAAAACGACAUCUCAAGCUUUGAUUGCUUUCGAAAAGUACAGUAUUGAAGCAUUAAUGUGGGAAGAAGAACGGCGCGAUUUCAUCAAAGUUGGCGUUGAAUUCCCUGAUGGAAAAGUUGAUUAUCCACUAACGGAAACGUACUUGUUGCCUCCUAAUUGAUAUAUUUUUUUGCAUUUGAAGCUCAAUGAAAACAACUUCGCACCAAUGAAGGUCUGGGGACGAGGUAGGGCGUUAAUUAAAGACAUAUCUGGAUUUGACGAUACACGUUGUUUAUAACACUGUUUUAAAAGCACAUGAACCCACAUCGAUUUCGCACUGCAUGAAAACAACUAAAUACUUAUACAGCGGAAUCUCCCUAUCUCGACUAUCUUGAACUUAUCUCGAACUAAAGUCUCGGUCCCUUUGUGGUCCGCCUAAGGUAUUUUCCUUUCUUUAUCUCGAACUUUCUCUAUCUCAAACAAAUUUUUUGGUCCCUUGCGAGUUCGAGAUAGAUUCCACUGUACCUCUAUUUGUAAUAAGUUGGUACCGAAGCAGAGAGUAGUGUUUAAAACAUGAUAGCAAAUUUACUGUGUAUAAAAAGUAUUUAUUUCUGCUUCAA